AUGUCCACAGAACCAUUCAGAAACGUCCGUUUGCUUCCACAAACGAACCAAUUGCUCGGGCUUUACACUAUCAUCAGAGAUAAGAACACCACGAGACCCAAUUUCAUCUUUUAUGCGGACCGAAUCAUCAGACUUCUGGUGGAAGAAGGCUUGAAUUAUUUGCCCGUUGAGCCAACAGUUGUGGAAACGGACACCAAUGAGAAUUUUGAAGGUUGUAGCUUCUUGGGGAAGAUCUGCGGAGUGUCGAUUGUGAGAGCCGGUGAGUCGAUGGAGCAAGGGUUGCGGGACUGCUGCAGAUCGGUCAGAAUUGGCAAAAUUUUGAUUCAGAGAGAUGAAGAGACGGCUCAGCCAAAGCUGUUUUUCGAGAAGUUGCCCAGCGACAUAGCUAACAGGUACGUGUUUCUGUUGGAUCCGAUGCUGGCUACCGGCGGCAGCGCGAUCAUGGCGACGGACGUUCUGAUCAAGAGGGGAGUAAAGCCGGAGAGAAUCUUCUUUCUGAACUUGAUCUGCAGUAAGGAAGGCGUGGACAGAUACCACGCGGCAUUCCCAGACGUUACGAUCGUCACUGGUGCCAUCGACCAAGGCCUAGAUGAGAACAGGUACCUAAGGCCCGGUCUCGGUGACUUCGGUGACAGAUACUACUGUUUGUAG